AUGCUGGCCUUCAUGUACCGAGGUCAGUGCGUCGUGUCCAAAGACCAGCUACCGAAUUUACUAUCUAUAGCUAAACUGCUCAAAAUCCAAGGACUUUGUGAUAUGAAAGUGCCUGAAAAAGAUGCCUCCUCACCUAUAACUGAAACCAUUCCAUUAUUGCCACCAUCACCAGAUAAUUAUUGUGAUAAAAUUGUAGAAGAGAAAACAAAGCAUGAAAGUUCUAAUAAUAAUAGAAGUAGUAUAGUGUUUAGGAGGCAUAGCAGUGGAAGUAGUACAGCUAUUAAUUUAUCUAUAGAUAAAACGCCAGAAAUUCCAAGUCCACGUUCAAUAGAGGAUCAACCAUUGGCAUCCACAAAAAAACAAGACUCUUCUGAAACUUGCAAGUGCUUUUUGUGCGGCAAAUAUUUGAGCAAUCAGUACAAUUUAAGAGUCCACAUGGAAACGCACGAAGAAGCUUUUCACGCUUGCCAAUGUUGUCCUCAUGUGUCUCGAAGUCGAGACGCAUUAAGGAAACACGUGUCCUAUCGACAUCCCGAAGAAUAUCUAACGAGAAAACGAAAAAAGAUGGAUUAA